CUUCCUCCUCCCCUCCCUCCCUCUCUCCUUCCUUCCUUCCUCCCUUCUUUCUUUCUUUUCCCACUGGGCUGCCCCAGCGCCUCGCCUCCUCGGCCCCACUCCAGGGGCCCCAGCCCCAGCUCCAGCUCCAUUAGAAAGAGAGACAGAGACAGAGAGAGCCAGAGCCAGAGGGAAGGAAGGAGGCAGGCAGGAGCAGGGCCAGGAGGGGCGCCUCCCCCCACCAUCCCUGCCUCUGGCCGGCUCCCCACAAGCAGCAGCCCAAGCCCACUGGCACCGACCGGGCAGCAGCAUUUCCCUGUGAGGUUCAUGCUUUCAUCACUGCCAAGAUGACCAUUCAUCCUUUUGCUAAAGCAUCCAGUGAAUCAUCAUCACAUUGACUCUACAGGAGCGUGUGCUUGGCCAGAACCCCUCCGUCUUUACUACCUGAUUUCAUGAUGACUGAGGGUCCGGAUCACAGAUUCAGUUGUCUCACCUGGGAACAGAUUCAGAUCCUGGAUCAAGUGCUCACUGAGGUGAUCCCCAUUCAUGGAAGAGGGAAUUUUCCAACACUGGAGGUAAAGCCAAAGGACAUCAUUCGCGUUGUCAAAGAACAGCUGAUCAAGAAACAGAUCGCCAUCCGAGACAUACGCCUGAACGGCUCCACAGCAAGUCACAUUCUUGUGAAGCAAAAUGGGACCAGCUACAAGGACCUGGACAUCAUUUUCGGGGUUGAGCUGCCAAGUGAGCAAGAGUUUCAGGUGGUGAAGGAGUCUGUGCUGAAUUGCCUUUUGGACUUCUUACCAAAAUGUGUCAACAAGGAGAAGAUCACGGCGCAGACCAUGAAGGACGCCUACGUUCAGAAGAUGGUCAAGGUGUCCACGGAUCAUGAUCGCUGGAGCCUCAUCUCCUUGUCAAAUAACAGUGGCAAGAACGUGGAGCUCAAAUUUGUCAACUCUCUUAGGCGGCAGUUUGAGUUUAGCGUCGAUUCUUUUCAGAUUAUCCUGGACUCCGUGUUGGAUGUUUAUAGCGAUGGAGAGAGCAAAUUGUCAGAAGACUCUCAUCUGUCUGUUAUUGCUGAGAGCAUGUAUGGAGACUUCGAUGAGGCCAUGGACCACUUGAAGUACAAACUGAUUGCCACGAGGAACCCUGAAGAGAUCCGCGGAGGAGGACUUUUGAAAUACAGCAAUCUCUUGGUUCGGGAUUUUAAGCCGGCCAACGAGGCUGAGAUUAAAUCAUUGGAACGUUACAUGUGUUCGAGGUUUUUCAUCGAUUUUCCCGACGUGGCCGAGCAGCAGCGGAAGAUCGAGUCAUAUCUACGCAACCACUUCAUCGGGGAAGAGAAGAGCAAGUAUGACUAUCUGAUGACUCUGCGCGCCGUCGUGAACGAAAGUACAGUUUGCCUCAUGGGGCACGAGCGAAGGCAGACGCUGAACAUGAUCACCAUCCUGGCUCUCAAAGUGCUUGGAGAGCAGAAUAUCCUCCCUAACGCAGCCAACGUAACCUGCUAUUAUCAACCCGCUCCGUACAUCAGUGACAGGAACUUCAACAAUUAUUAUAUUGCGCAUGGACAGCCCCCCAUUAUCUACCAACCCUACUCCUUUAACAUACACAUGCAAAGUGGCAUGGUGUAGUAGACCACAACACCUCCUUGCCUUACAUCAAUGCCUGCCCGCUCCCUCCUUAACCCUUGCCUCCUUUCCUUUAUCCCCUUCAAAAUAAAG